AUGACUACCUACAUCCCGUCUUUGACGCUUCCUAGCUUCGUGUUCGACAAUGCUGCUGUGUCCAUUCUCCUACCUGUUGUUGCCGGCGCCGCUGUUGGUUACUCGACUAGACCGAGCGAAACUCAGAAACUCUACCUAGCCCUUAAGCAGCCUCCGCUCAACCCUCCAGGAUGGGUUUUCGGUCCUGUCUGGACGGCGCUCUACGCAACAAUGGGCUACGUAGCUCACCGCGCCUGGACGGUAGGGACAACAUCUGUCAAUCCCUCUACUGUUAGCCUCGCCAAACAAGGUGCAACGCUCUACACUAUUCAGCUAGGUCUCAACCUUGUCUGGAUGCCACUGUUCUUCGGCUUCAACCGACCCAUUGCUGCGACAGUUGAUAUCCUUGCUUUGGGAAGUACGGUCAGCUAUCUGGCGUACAUAUGGGGGCAGGUUGACGAAACAUCUGGAUGGUUGCUCGCCCCGUAUCUGGGCUGGUUGAGCUUCGCAACUUAUCUUUGCGUCGGUGCAGGUUACCUCAACAACUGGGACUUCACUUCAAGUGCCAAGAAGCGAGAAAUAGCUACGCGGCCAAAUCUAUACCGAACAACUACCAUGGGCGAAGCAGUCCGCCCCGAGGCUCCUGGAGCCAUCAACAUUCCCAGUGCCCCUCUACAAGAGCUGUCCCCGCAUCUAACUUUACAGCCGCCACUCUCCCGACGCGGCUCUGGGCCGGGCCUCAUUCUGGUCGUGGAUCAUUAUGCACAACUAGAAGUUAGUGAAAAGUCCCUCGAUCCACCGCCAUUGCAGAAAUGGGCAGAAGAGGGUUUCGCCGUUGUUCAGAUAAAGGUGCCCGGGAAGGUAGAGGAUGGAGGCGAGUUUCCGUUGAAGCGCGCAAUCGAAGCGUUGAAGGCAUGCGAACAAUGCAUAUGGGGUGAUGGUGUUGGUCUUAUCUGUGAGUCGGUAUUUCUCAAGCAUGCUAUUCUCCAUGAGCACCGAAGGGGUACAGCAGGAACCUGGGCAUCUGCGCCUGCACGUGCACCGCCAGUCAACCACGGUACCGUCCUCAACAACUGUUUGCACCUGCAUAAAAUCUCACCUCUUUCACCGCACCUGCAUCUGCAACAGAUACUUUCAAAAUACGCUACCCACGAGAAGAGCUUCCUCCGUCCUCCACCAUACGUCACUCACCGAUAUGGCUCCCCCAGACGACAACAUACCGCAACCUCAGGAGAGUCCUCUCCUAUCACCAUUCCAGAUCAGCUACGCCAUCGUAAUCUGCCUCGCACUCUUUGUCUUGUUGGUUGGCAUGAUCGCGGUCGCGAGUUGGAUUACCACCAGCUUGCUACGCAAGUAAGCAACGAUAUGGACACGACCUGGUGCAUGCAAUGGGUCGGCUAUGAGAAACUCGCCAGUGCGGUCAGCAACGCCGGCGGCCUAGGAAUAGCACUCUGUUCGCAUCUCUCUGCAUUGCACGACCAGCUGGCAAAGGGAUACGGCAAGACUGACUGUUUGACAGCUUACGUCACUCGGAUUCCCUUCUAUGUCGAAGAAGCUGCUUACCUCUCGCCACAUAUCAAAGCGCUUAUAUCGUACGGCGGUCGAAAGUUCACAUCAAUCUCGUCACCUACGCAUGCCAGUGCUAGCUUGCCACCUCAACUAGUCCAUAUUUCUGGCCCUGAGACGCCUCGCCGAGAGUCAGUGUCAAUCGUGCAAGAUGCCGAAACCUCCUCCGCUACUACACCAUCAGAGGGCCCUGUCAAAAGUUUCCGCUACGUCAACGCAAAGUCAGAGUCAAAGUGGGUUCUCCCCGCCGAGGAAGACUACCACAGCACAUCAGCCGGCAUAGCGCACACACGCAGUCUCGCAUUCCUCAAACCCCUUCUCAAUGGUCCCUACUUCGAUCUUGAGGCCAUCUGGGAUGAACACUGCCGGUACGAAUUCGGUGAGCGCGAUGUGGCCCGCACAAUGGCCACCAUGGUCGCCCAGCCAUACGUCAACCACAUUCCCACAUUGACCGGAGGCAUCGGGCAACAGCGCCUGACGGCCUUCUACACCAACCAUUUCGUUCAUGCCAAUCCAGAUGAUACGGAGCUUGAGAUGGUCAGUCGUACUGUCGGAAUAGACCGCGUCGUCGAUGAGUUCGUCUUCAAACUCACGCACGACCGACAGGUUGACUGGUUGCUGCCGGGAAUUCCACCAACAGGAAAAUACCUCGAGAUCCCAUUUACAGGUAUUAUCGGCAUGCGGGGAGACCGCUUAUGCCACGAACAUAUCCAUUGGGAUCAGGGGACAGCAAUGAGGCAAGCAGGCUUGCUACCAGAUUGGGUGGGUUUCCCUUACCCUAUCGAAGGGAAAGAAGCGGGAUCCGGAAAGAGGUAUGAAGUAAGAGUGCCGACUGCUGGUGUUGAGACUGUAAGAAAAUUGGUCGACGAGGGAGCGUUGGAGAGUAAUAGCUUAAUGGACGCAAAGUGGAGAGAGGUGGAUGAUGCGUAA